AUGCCUCGAUAUAUGAUCCUCAUCAAAGCUUCUCCAGAAGCUGAAAACCCAACUUCCACUGGGCCCGAGAUCUUUAAGGAAAUGACCACCUUUAACAAUGAGCUUCACGCAGCCGGCGUUCUUCUCUCAGCCGAUGGCCUCAGUCCAACCAAAGAUGGCUACCGCGUUACAUACUCCAUGGAUGGUCCUGCACAGGUCACCAGGGGGCCUUUUGAUGUUGUGAAAGAAGGUCACGUUUGUGGCUGGUGGGUUCUCAAGACCAAAGACGGCGAAGAAGCCGUUAGUUGGGCGAAGAAUAUUCCAUUCAGGGAGGGUGAGGUUACGGUCAGGAAGAUUGCUGAGUUGGAUGAAUUUGGGGAUAGUGUGACGGAUGACGUGAAGGAGAGGGAAAGGAAACUCGCAAAUGAUCUUGAGAUGAAAAAUGAACGGAAUUAUUAA